GAAGCGAGCUGAUUCGUGAGGACAGUAUUCCGCUAGGAUAUCAACUCAGAAUAUUCUUCAGUACAAGAAAUGGAGCCACCUGAGAUAUUUGAAUUUCCAUUUCCACCAUACAAGGCUCAAGAAGAGUUUAUGAAAACAUUAUACUGGGCCUUGGAGGAGAAAAAGCUUGGAAUUUUUGAAAGCCCUACAGGCACUGGCAAGUCCCUGGCACUGAUCUGCGGCGCCGUGCGCUGGCUGCGCGACCACGAGGCGCGCGAGCAGGCUGCUGCCGAGGCGGCUAGUACCGAGCUGAGCCGCCAGGAGGCCGAGUUCCGCGAGCUGUUUGGCGAUGUCAUCGAGCCGGAAUCGUCGUCGGCGCCGCAGGGAGACGACGCGGACCUGAUCGCUGACUUCCACAGCGACGAGGAGGCUGGGUCCUCGGACGAGGGCGGCGACGGUGACGGGGAGGCGUACCACGGCACGCAGAUCAUCUACACGAGCCGCACGCACUCGCAGUUGAGCCAGUUUGUGGGCGAGGUGCGCCGCUCGCCUCACGCCGGGCACGUCCGCGUGGCGGCGCUGGCGUCGCGUCCGCAGCUCUGCAUCAACGACGCGGUGCGCCGGCUCGGCAGCCUCGGCCUCGUCAACCAGGCCUGUUUGGAUAUGCAGCAGAAAUCCACCAGCAAGACCACCAAAGUUUCGAAGGAGGACGGCCGCUCUCAGAAGAAGCAAAAGGCGACGGGAGCGUGCCCCUAUAAACGGCGCGUGGACGACCUAGCGAUGGAGAUUCUGUCAGAGGUCCGCGACAUUGAGCAGCUUGUGAAGGAGGGUCGCCGUCGAAAGGCGUGCCCCUACUACGCCAGCCGUCGAGCGGUCAGGGACGCCCAGCUGGUCGUGGUGCCCUACAACAACCUACUGCACAGCGGCACGCGCGCCGCCAGCGGCCUGCGGCUCGCCGACAGCGUGGUGAUCGUGGACGAGGCGCACAACCUGCUGGAGACCAUCAGCAGCAUCCACUCCUGCCAGCUGGCGCGGCGCCAGGUGGCGGACGCGUGUGACCAGCUCCUCCACUACAUAGACAACCUAUCAAGAGCAGACGGCACCGGCAAGGCGCCGCCGGCCGCAGCCGAGGAGACGCGCGUCCUCCAACUGAACGACUUCCUCUGCGGCGCCGGCAUCGACAACCUGAACCUGCGGAAGCUGCAGCUGUUUGCCGAGAAGAUCCGACUGGUGCAGAAGUUCCUGCGGGAGCUGCAGCAGCCGGCCGCCGCCCCGCCCGCCGCCCCAGUGGAGCCUGCGGAGACCGACUCUCGGUCCUCGGAUAUGCCGCUGAUGGCCACGCUUCAGCUGAUCAACGCCCUCUCGGAGCCCGACCGGGACUGUCGGCUUCUGAUUACCACCGCCAGGGCGGAGCCACCAUCGAUCAAAUACCUGGCGCUGAACGCAGCUGCCCAGUUUCAGAGCAUCGUCAGAGAGGCGCGCGCGGUGAUCCUGGCCGGCGGCACCAUGCAGCCGGUGUCGGAGUUCCGCGACCAGCUGCUGGUGGCGGCUGGCGCCGCUCCCGAGCGCGUCACAGUCUUCUCCUGCGGACACGUGGUGCCGGCCGACCAGCUGCUAACGCUGUCGCUGGCGGCCGGCCCGUCCGGUGCCGAGUUGCUCUUCAGCUACCAGAGCCGCGCGCAGCGCACCACGCUGGACGAGCUGGGCCGAGUCCUGCUGAACCUCUGCAAGCUUAUCCCGGCCGGCAUCGUCUGCUUCCUGCCGUCCUACGACUACGCCGCCGCCGCGCUCGCCCACUUCGCUUCCACCGGCGUCAUGGACAAGAUCUCUGCCAGGAAACAGGUAUUCCGCGAGCCUCGCCAGUCGAGCCGGUCGGACGCCGUGCUGGCUGAGUACACCCAGGCCGUGAGGUCCGGCCAGCGGCCGCCGGCCGCCACAGGGGCCAUUCUCUUCUGCGUCGUCGGCGGCAAGAUGAGCGAGGGCAUUAACUUCAGUGACGAUCUGGGCCGCUGUGUGGUGGUGGUCGGCCUCCCAUACCCCAACGCCAAGUCGCCCGAGCUGAUGGAGAAGAUGAGGUUCCUGGACGCCAACAUGAAGCGGUCGGAGGACGGGCGGGCGCCCGGCCAGGUGCUGUAUGAGAACCUCUGCAUGAAGGCCGUCAACCAGUCGAUCGGCCGCGCCAUCCGCCACCGGAACGACUACGCCUGUGUGGUGCUGUGCGACGCGCGAUACGGCAGGGCCAGCGUGGCGGAGGGCCUGCCGGAGUGGAUCCGCAGGGGGCUGCAGCACCACGGCCGCUUCGGGCCCGCCUUCGGCCAGAUCAGACAGUUCUUCACGACCAUGCAAGAGAAGUUUCGAUCUUCAUGAAACAAGUGGGAAUUGACAACGUUGAGGGAGCAUUUCUCCUCUCGUGUAACCGAACGGCACAACGUUUGCCAGCGGGAAUAGGCACUUUUCGUCGCAUCUUCUCCAAGUAACCCCUAUGUCAAUAUGUGCAAACGGCUGAGUUUGCCUGUGGCGCUGAGCGGAUGGUGUGAAUGCUAUAGCCUGUGGAGUGAAAAGGACGUGUAUUCACGGAUAAUUUUUAUUUUUAUAGGCGUAGUUCAUUGUUGGCAAAGAUCAAUACAUUGGUGCGC